UCUCAGCUGUGUAACACUUCAGUUUCUCAAGCAGCCCAUGACAGAGGAUUCAAUCAGCAAACAGUUUUUCCACAACUUUGAUGGGAAAGGAUACUAUUAAUUUUAUGUGAGUGACUCGUAUUUUGACAGGCAAAAUGGCCAGGAAGGCAAGGACACACACCCAGACAUUUUCCCCUGGUUUGGCAGCAAUCAAUACAAUCACUUAUACCACUGAGAAAAUGCAGCCAGCUCAAAGCAAUUUUCUCAAGGUGAGAGGCCAAAGAAACAACAAAAUUGCCAGCAUCAGAAGCCUCAAUUCCUGAUGAAAGGAUUUCCAAGGUUGUACAGAAAGUAAUGAAUAUCAAUUCUGCUGCAAUAUUAUUUACCUCCUAGGAGAAAACACUCUCCAGAACUCAUGCUCAAUCCUCCAAAACUUCACAGGGAAGAAAAGAAAAAUCACCCUGCUGUGGGAAGCUGCAAAAAUGAAGAUGUUCUCGGCGCUGCUUCUGCUGAGCACCCUCCUGGUUACCCUCGCGGUGCCUUCCCACCGCCAUUCUUGUUACAAGAGGGCCCUCAAAGACCACAACUGUCAGAACAUCCCUGAAGGCACAGAGAACCUUCGACAAAUUCAUGAUGGUCUGCAAGAUCACUUUUGGGAAGGGAAGGGCUGUGAGGUGAUCUGUUACUGCAACUUGAAUGAAUUGCUCUGCUGCCCAAAGGAUAUUUUCUUUGGACCAAAGAUAUCUUUUGUGAUCCCCUGCAACAGCCAGUGAUUCAAGUCUGCAGGUGAAGAUAACAGACAUUAUUCUACAAUUGUGUAAUAACGCUUUCAAGGGGAAAAACAAAACCACCACCAUCUAACCACAAAAUGGUGCCUCAUUUUACACUGCAGAAAAAUUUCCUUUCUACACCUUUAUGGAGUAUCAAGCACGUAAGAAGUUCUUUCAAAUUUGGUAGAUGACCUAAUUUCCAACGGUUUAAGAGUCUGUACAAGCUCUUAAGGCAUACUAAUACGCAUACCCCAGCAGAAAGUAUAAUUCUUCUUUCUCAGCACAAUAUUCUCAACUAGUCUGGAUGAAGAAACUUCAAGCCUGAGCCUUCACGUCAUCAGGAACACGACUCUCACAGCAACCUAUGGCAGUGCAGCUUCCUACUGCAUUCAAUGCUUUUUUAAGCUGAAGCUACUCAGUCCCUGGUACUUUUGCAGACAGGCUCUCACAUUCUAUUCAGGCAUCUUAAAAUACACGCACAUACAAAAGGUGUGUAUUUUCAUAUUUGAAAAUAUUCCACUGGAAUAAAACAAAAGUAAAAACUGACAUUAAUAGUACUAAAGCACACUUAGGUGUUAAUUAUGUGUCACCUGCCUUAACCAUGCAAUCCGUAAAACCUUAAAUUACUUAAUAUUAACACUGAAGACUGAAAAUACUAGUUUUUUUUUUUUUAAACAAGCCGUAUUUGAAAUACAGUACGCCAGAAUUAAGUUAAAAUGCUGACUUUUUAUUUUUAGGCUAGCCUUGUAAGGAAAUAGCUACAGAGGAGAAGACAUAGAGGUAAUCAUCUUAACAUUUAAGAGGUAGCUAGGCAAUAGAUAGAAAGAGACAUACAUUUUUACUGUUUUUUGCUUAUACUGCAAUCUAUAUUGGAAGGUGUUGAGCAGUGACUGUAUAAGUUUAAGGAAAGCCACCAGAACAGGCCACACUUACAGGCAGUAAACCUGGCUUGUUGCCUUACACAGAAAGACUCCUUAGGUAUUAAGUCAGUCAUGUGGAAGGUAUGCAGUACUGAAGUAACUAUUCAGUCAUCUCCAGUCAAAAAGCGCACUAUUCAUUCACUUGAUAAUCUUACACAUUAGACCAAACUUCUACGACCAGUUUACCAGGUUACUUCAUGUGCUGGUAUGAAGUAUCAGGGUGACUAGUUUUUCUUCCUAUUCGCAAGCAAGGGUUAGAUACUGAGGGGGGGUGAUUAUACAUUGCCAAUAAUAAAGGUUGCAAGUAAAUCUGUGUGUACUAUUUUUGCACUACUGACUGUUAAACAGUUUGUGUCACUGGGCUUUUUAAGCUUUGUUUGUGUAAUUAUUCCUGAGUCAUUUAGGCUUCCUACCAAAUUAAGAGCAAAAUAAAGCCCAUAAAUCUGGCAACACAGUGAAAAUAUCUGAAGUCAGAGCUCUGCUAACAAAGCAUAUGGCAACUGCUCUUGUGCAAAGUCCUUUAUAAGCUUCUAGGGUAUGAAACUUCUGUUGUUUGUGCCAUCUAGUUUCUACGAAAAUCAUGUUGCAUAUGCCUGGCAUUCACAGCUUUCCAAAGCAGCAAUAGCAAAAAAAUUAAGGCAAAUGCAAAUUUGGGUACUAAAGUUGGUGGCUUUCAGUUAUCUGCCCUCCACCACUCCUGAAAUAUCCGUAAUCCACUGAAGCAAAGUUCUGCCACUUUAGACAUGCAGCAGGACAGGGUCACUUAAGUUACUACUUUAACACUGAUUUCCCAUAGAAAUUUGUUUUUGUUCCUCUCCCCACUCUCCUUCCCUCACACAGCUUCUUCUACAGGUCCUGCCAGGCCUAGGUGAGAACAUUCAACCCCAUCAUGCACUCAGAGGAAAAAAGUCUUUAUCAUUCGGAUGUCCUAUCCAUGACUAGGCUCCCUGGCUGUUUAUGCAACUUGCACUUUGAAGAUAAGAAGUUGAACUUGUGUAAAGGAUAUUUAGCAAACAAAUUGACAGUCCCUGUAGUGAAACAGGCAUGAAAACAUUAUCUUCAAAGGAGCACCAAUUUUAGCUGUCACUAGCUAGAUAUCACUAACCAUCUUGAACUUAGGCCAGCACUGCAGAACUGUAUUGUGGAAAUACAUAAAACAGUGCAAUGAAAAAUCACACCACUGAGAGAUACUGGGAAGACAGCCAGUUUGAGAUUAGGGUUUAUCAUCAUUCAGUUCUAUGCAAGUGUCACAGGUCAAAAAAAAGCAAAGUAAAGCAUCUUAGUUGCAGUGAUGCCAGAAAAGUAGUAAUUUUCAAAAAAACCUUACAAGAUAAUUAUCGAGCAAAUUAGACCAUGGACAUACUGCUUUUUCAUUUUUCCCAAAUUAAGAAAGAGCUUAUAAACCUCGGAUAAGGUUAGGAGUUGCAAUUUAAUGCUUAGUGAACAAGCUGAAGCUGUGGCCUCCUCUGCUUUAAGAUGAAAACUAUUUUCCCUCAGCUUUUUCUUCACCCUAUGUGCACAGCUUAAAGCAGAAAGAAAUCAUAUUCCAUACACCACACAUUUGGACUGGAACAAUAGUUAAAAGAAGCCAUUCGUAAUACCAUCUUCAACAUCAGACUUUACUAAGACACUAAAUUAAAAGCAUAAGUAUAUUGCUGGAUAGUUUUCUCAUAUGUUACCAUAAGUUUUGGGUUUAUUGUGAGAGGGUUUUUCAUUCUUUUUAAACAGGUCUGAGCUAAUGCAUGCAAUGAAAAAGAAACAGUAUACCUAUUAAAAGAUACUGUAUUGACCCUG